AAACGCGCUACAUUUAUCUAAACAUGAAGUUCCUCAUCGUCUUCGUCGCCCUCUUCGCUGUGGCUCUGGCAGCACCUGCUGAAGAAGUGCAAAUUCUAAGGAGCGAAUCUAAAGUUGGACCCGAGAGCUUCGAAUAUGCCGUGGAAACAUCUGAUGGCACCACGAAAGAGGAGCAGGGCCAACUUAAGAAUCCUGGCACAGAGCAGGAGGCUAUUUCCGUUCAUGGCAGUUUCAGAUACGUUGCCGACGAUGGUCAGACCUACCAAGUCAACUAUAUUGCCGAUGAGAACGGUUUCCAGCCUGAGGGCGCUCAUUUGCCCGUGGCACCACAAGCUUAAAUAUCUUCUUUAAGUUUUUAAUAAAAUGAUUGUUUAAAAAAAAAGAAAACCUA